GGGUUGGUAGGAGCGGCUUGCUCCGCGCGAGCCUCCCUUUACGCACAGCCGGAGACUCGCAUUGUAUCCUAUCGGGCCAAAAGGGGAUGAUGUCACCUGCGGGCUGGUAAGGCGAGGGGAGGCAGGCGCUGCUGCCGUUGCUGGUGGCGGCGGCAGGAGGAGGAGGAAGCGAGAUCGAGCCUGGUUCCCGGGCUCCUUUUGUAAGCAGCCGGGGACAGAAGGAUCAGAAGCAGCCGGAGUGGGCUUCGCCUCCUCCGGGAUGGAGCGAGCGCCAGGGUUUAGUGUCUAGGAAGGCGAACCAGGAGAACUCCAGCCAUGGCCCCACGGAAAAGGAGCGGGCGAGGGAUCUCGUUUAUCUUCUGCUGCUUCCGGAGUAAUGACCACCCGGAGAUCACUUACCGGCUGCGGAAUGACAGCGCCUUUGCCCUGCAGACGAUGGAGCCCUCGCUGCCCAUGCCUCCGGUGGAAGAGCUGGACGUUAUGUUCAGCGAGCUUGUGGAUGAACUCGACCUUUCAGAUAAGCAUAGAGAAGCCAUGUUUGCUCUUCCCGCAGAAAAGAAAUGGCAGAUCUACUGCAGCAAGAAAAAGGACCAAGAAGAAAAUAAAGGAGCCACAAGCUGGCCAGAGUUCUACAUUGAUCAGCUUAACUCCAUGGCUGCUAGAAAAUCGUUGAUUGCUUUGGAAAAAGAAGAUGAAGAAGAGCGCAGCAAAACCAUAGAGAGUUUGAAGACGGCGCUGAGGACCAAACCAAUGAGGUUUGUCACCAGGUUUAUCGACCUGGAUGGCUUGACAUGCAUUCUGAACUUCCUGAAGAGCAUGGACUACGAGACCUCUGAGUCCCGGAUACAUACCUCUCUCAUCGGGUGCAUCAAAGCUCUGAUGAACAACUCUCUGGGGAGAGCUCACGUCCUGGCCCAUUUGGAGAGCAUUAAUGUGAUAGCGCAGAGCCUGAGCACGGAAAACAUUAAGACCAAGGUCGCCGUGCUGGAAAUCAUGGGCGCUGUGUGCCUGGUUCCCGGGGGUCACAAGAAGGUGCUGGAAGCCAUGGUGCACUACCAAAAAUACGCCAGCGAAAGAACUCGCUUUCAGACACUAAUAAAUGACCUGGACCGAAGCACAGGCCGAUACCGGGAUGAAGUGAGCCUCAAGACGGCUAUUAUGUCCUUCAUCAAUGCAGUUCUAAGCCAAGGGGCUGGAGUGGAAAGCCUGGACUUCAGACUCCACCUCCGAUAUGAAUUCCUCAUGCUUGGGAUUCAACCUGUGAUUGACAAAUUAAGAGAACACGAAAACUCCACGUUAGAUAGGCAUUUAGACUUUUUUGAAAUGCUCAGAAAUGAAGAUGAAUUGGAGUUUGCCAAAAGAUUUGAACUGGUCCACAUAGAUACGAAAAGUGCAACCCAGAUGUUUGAGCUUACGAGGAAGCGGCUGACCCAUACAGAAGCGUACCCACACUUCAUGUCUAUUCUCCAUCACUGUCUCCAAAUGCCUUAUAAGAGAAAUGGCAACACAGUCCAUUAUUGGUUGCUGCUCGACCGCAUCAUACAACAAAUAGUUAUUCAGAACGACAAAGGGCAGGACCCAGACUCAACACCCCUGGAGAACUUUAAUAUUAAGAACGUUGUUCGAAUGUUGGUUAAUGAAAAUGAAGUGAAGCAAUGGAAAGAACAAGCGGAAAAGAUGAGAAAAGAACAUCACGAGCUCCAGCAGAAGCUGGAAAAGAAAGAGCGGGAGUGUGACGUCAAGACCCAGGAAAAAGAGGAGAUGAUGCAGACCUUGAAUAAGAUGAAGGAGAAGCUGGAAAAAGAACUGUCAGAGCAUAAACAAGUCAAGCAGCAAGUGGCAGACCUCACGGCGCAGAUCCACGAACUGAGCAGGAGAGCAAUAUGCGCUCCUGUCCCAGGGGGGCCCCCUCUGCCACCAGGUGCUCCUGGGGGCCCCUUACCAACAGCUUCCAUAGGUUCUCUUCUCCCGGUCCCUCCGCCACCACCACCUCUUGGCGGGGUUGUCCCACCACCGCCUCCGCCGCCACCGCCUCCCGGUGGACCGCCUCCUCCGCCAGGGCCACCUCCACUUGGCGGCCUCACCCCAGCCCCGGGAGCACCCUUGGGAUCAGCGCUCAAGAGGAAGAACAUCCCGCAGCCCACAAACGCUCUCAAGUCCUUCAACUGGUCCAAGCUGCCUGAGAACAAGCUGGAAGGCACUGUAUGGGCUGGCAUUGAUGACGCAAAGGUGUUCAAGGUGCUAGAUCUGGAAGACCUUGAGAGGACCUUCUCUGCUUACCAAAGGCAGCAGGACUUCUUUGUGAACAAUAACUCCAGACAGAAAGAAGACUCUUUGGACGACACCCUCAGUUCGCGGCAUAAAGUCAAGGAGCUUUCGGUUAUAGACGGGCGGAGGGCUCAGAACUGCAAUAUUCUCCUCUCCAGGCUAAAAUUGUCCAACGACGAAAUCAAACGUGCCAUUUUAUCAAUGGAUGAACAAGAGGACCUGCCAAAAGAUAUGCUGGAGCAGCUUCUAAAAUUCGUUCCGGAGAAAGCUGACAUCGACCUGCUGGAGGAGCACAAGCACGAAUUGGACCGAAUGGCGAAGGCAGACAGGUUCCUCUUCGAAAUGAGCAGGAUAAACCAUUACCAGCAAAGGCUGCAGUCCUUGUAUUUUAAAAAGAAGUUUGCUGAGCGAGUUGCUGAAGUUAAGCCUAAAGUGGAAGCAAUCCGCACCGCUUCCACAGAGACAUUCCAGAGCAAAAGCUUGAAGCAGCUGCUGGAGGUGGUUUUGGCCUUUGGGAACUACAUGAACAAAGGCCAACGGGGAAAUGCGUACGGGUUCAAAAUCGCCAGCCUCAACAAGAUUGCGGACACCAAAUCCAGCAUUGACAAGAAUAUUACUCUGCUGCAUUAUCUCAUCACCAUCGUAGAAAAGAAGUACCCCAAAGUCCUCAACCUGCACGAAGAACUGAAGGAUGUCCCCCAGGCUGCCAAAGUAAACAUGACUGAGCUGGAGAAGGAAAUUGGCACCUUGCGAAGUGGGCUGAGGGCUGUGGAGACAGAACUGGCGUACCAGAAAACUCAGCCUUCCCACCCAGAAGACAAGUUUGUUUCCGUCGUCAGCCAGUUCAUCACGCUGGCCAGCUUUAGCUUCUCGGAUGUGGAAGAUCUCCUGGCAGAGGCCAAAGAACUGUUUGCCAAGGCAGUGAAGCAUUUUGGGGAAGACGCUGGCAAAACGCAACCGGACGAGUUCUUCGGGAUCUUUGACCAGUUCCUGCAGGCUGUGACCGAAGCCAAACAGGAGAAUGAGAACAUGAGGAAAAGGAAGGAGGAAGAGGAGCGACGGGCGCGCAUGGAAGCCCAGCUCAAAGAGCAGCGAGAGAGGGAGCGCAAGGCGAGGAAGGCGAAAGAAAACAGCGAGGAGGGCGGGGAAUUUGACGACCUCGUCUCGGCUUUGCGGUCCGGCGAAGUCUUUGACAAAGACCUGUCCAAACUCAAGCGCAACCGCAAGCGCAUCACCAACCAGCUGGCGGAUGGCAGCCGCGAGAGGCCGGUCACGAAACUCAACUUCUGAGCGCGCGUGUAUAUAUAUACAUAUAUAUCUAUAUAUGUGUAUAUAUAUUUCAGAAGAAGACUCUAAACCAAUCAACAAUCGUCUUGGAGGACCCCAGGUCUUUUUACCUUCUGCCUUGCCAGCUCAUCAGUGGCCCUCCCUCCCUCAUCUCGUCCUGCCUGUGCAUGAAUGUUUUCAGUGGGAGCAUGAGCGCAGGUGUGCUGCGCCCAAAGAGUCUGGUGGUGCGGCUGGGAUUCGGAACUGUGUGCAUGCGCGAGCGCGGGCGUCAACAUGCACAGGCACCGCUGCCUGGAUGAGUUCUCCCUUUUCUAUCAGAGGCGGGAGGUGGCGUGG